AUGAUUUAUAUUGUUGAACGUAUAUCACAACGUUCUAAAGAACUAAAUAAUCAGCGUGUCUUCAUCUCAACUAUCUUUCAAAGUAGACAACUAAUUAUUGAAAAUGGUUUGAAUUUAGGUGAUAUCGAUCAAUUAGUUACAACGUCAACCAAUACAGUUCAAUUAUCAACUUUAACAGAAACUGAUGGUACAUCACCAUUAUCAACUACAAUUGUACCAACAACAAAACCAAUAGAGACUAAUUAUCCACCAUCAUCUUCACCAAGUUUAGAUACACCACCAACACCACCAGCAACAGAACCAGGUUCAUCGCCGUCAUCACCACAAACAUCAAGUUUAGAUAUACCACCAACACCAUCAACAACAGAACCAGGUUCAUCGCCGUCAUCAACACCAACACCAGAUUCAUCACCGUCAUCGUCACUUGCACCAACUUCACCAUCACCAACAACAUCUCCCACUUCUACAUCACCAAAUUUCCAAACAUAUAUUAAAUAUGAUGAAAAAAUUGAAGGAUUACGUGUCUUUUCAACUACAAAUUUUCCUAACGGGACAAUAAUAAUGCGACUAGUCAAGCCAUUAUCAGUUGAAAAUGUCCAAUGCUUCGAACCAAUGAUUUACUUGCGCAUUAUUUACAAUCAAAAUAAUAUAAUAGAAGUUCCUCCAAUUGAAAACAUACCAGGAUUUAAUUUUUGUUUAUAUGGAAAAAAAUUAGGAGAAAAACCAAAUGAUUUUUUAUUUGAUCAACAGCACCAAUUUGAUUUGAUUAGGGUUUAUCCUUUAACUAAUAAAUUUCUGUUUAUAGUGUGGUUAAAUGAUAAAAAUGCAGCAAGUAAUGAUUAUGAGGAAGUUGGAUCUAUUUAUGAUCUUAAUGGAAAGCUAUUCAACAAAUAUUCAUUAUCAAGGAUUAAAUUUUCAGAUAUUGAUACUUCAUCAGUAGGACAUUGUAUAAUAAAUGCUAAUCCCGAUUUAGGAUUUUUGUGGGUUAAUCGUAUUGCAGAUGAUGUGCUUCAAUUGACAAAAUAUUCUUCACCAGAUUUAGAUGGGAACUUGUUUAAACUUGAGAAUCAAUUUAAUUUAAGUGUUACAGCAAAUCAUUUCUUAAAGAUAUUUCAUACAUCAGAUAAUGGUUAUGGUAUAGUUUCAGCAGGUCCUGCAACAUUGGAUGCAGUCACAAAAUUUAAUAAUACACAACCAUCAUCAGAAUUGGUUUAUCCACAAUACAUAAUAACAACAAGAUUUAUCAGAGCAGAAAGUUCAAUACCAACUGAAACCUCGGUAAUAUAUUCAACAGUUGCACCAAUUUAUUCAUUAAGCAUAGAGUUAUGUGUAGAUGAAUUAAUUAAACCUGGUAUUUAUUGUAUAGUCAAAAUAAUCACAGAUAAAUCAGACACAGCCUUAACUUAUUAUUUGAAAAUUUUUUUUUUAUCAAAUGGAAGCACAAAAAAUGUCACUGAAUUAUCAUAUAACACGCAAGAAUAUGACAUUGAAUACAUAUUUAGACUAUAUUAUGGGGGAAAUUUGAUAUGUGCUUACCAUAAAGAUAGUGAUAAUAUUGGAGGUGGUACAAAUGAUGAUACUUAUUAUUAUAUGUUUGUUUAUAAUGAUGAUGGCAUUUUCAAUCAAACAAUUGAUCUUCCAAUUAAAUUAAAAAAUAGUGAAAGAAUUUCAUUUGGGUUAUUUCCUAAUGAUACAGCUUGGAUAUUUACUGAUAAUAAAAAUGAUAAUAAUUGGUCAUUGCUGACAUUUAAUACAGUGAAUAUAACUUCUCAAGGCAACGAUCACAAUAGUAUGAAUAAUUUAAUGAUUAAUACUACAAUUCCUUUGGUUGAUUCCACAAUAAGUGUGGGAAGUACAAACCUUAGUAUAUCAUAUUAUAAUCCUAUUAUUUUAUCAAAUGGAAACAUUUCUAUUUAUCAAACAAAUUUAGAAAAUAGAUAUAAUAUAAGUGAAGAUAUAUUAAGACAAACAUUCAGUGCAAAAUCACAAUAUUGUACACUGAGUAACGAUGAUAAGACAAUAUCUUUCAAAGUGUUGGAUAGUAGUUUUGGUUUUCCUAAUACUGGAUAUUACGUUGUUAUUGAUAAUGGUUUUGUUAAAGAUAUUGCAUAUGAAGAAAGUUUAUUGGGUAUUCAAGAAAAUAUUUGGAAAUUUCGUACAAAGAAAGAAUCAGCAUUGGUGCGUCUAACACUGAAUGGAUCAUCGUAUUAUUCUAAUUUAUUAAAGAGUGAACAGUAUGAUUUUUUAUAUAAUUUACGUGGUGAAAUGGCAAAAUCUAUUCCAGUAGAACCUGAAAUAAUUGGUAUAGUCGAUAGAUAUCAAUGGGACCCUGAUAUACCAAAACAAUUGCUAUUAAAGUUCGAUGUGUUUGCAGACGAUAAUAAUAAUAAAAGUGUUAUAGGGAUAAUAAAAAUAUUAGACACAUUAAUUAGGAAUAUGGAUAUUACAUCAAUAUCACAAUUUAAGUAUACAGGAUCGUUAGAUGCAAGUAGUGUAUGGGACAAAUAUGGGUUAAAAUUGCUUGCAAUUGGCGGAACAUUAUUAUUCUUGGGUAUUUUGGCUUUGUUUGCAUAUAGAAAACACGAAGAUGGUAAUAGUUUUGUAACAUUUAAAGUAUUAUUGAUAAAUUUGGAUUUCGUGAUAGAUCUUGCUUUCGUAUCCACUCAUUCAAGGGAUAUAUUUCUCUUGUUUUAUUUCAGUUUAUUUACAUUUAUAAUACCAUUAGUCUUUAAUAUGCUGAUGGUAUUUUAUAUUAUCAUAAAAGAACUAUCCAAUAAUCAGCCAUUUUAUGGUUGGUACAGAAAAUAUCAUAAUGUUGCUGCAAUAUUCACGUUUCUUGCUGCAAUAGAUGUAGAAUCUUUAUCAAUGAUUGAUAGUAAAUUGGGUGAAUUGGAUGCAUUUGAUGCUCCUAUCUCUAACGGGAUGGAAUCAUGGAUUAAAUGGAUAAAUGCAAUCAAUUUUUUUAUUGAAGACACCCCUCAUUUAAUCAUUCAGAUGGUUUAUAUAAAUCUUUCAGUAAAUUACGAAAUAAUUCCAUUUUUAAAUUUAUUAUCAUCCUCAUUAAUAGUUGCGUGUAUAAUACUAAACCAUUUAUUUAGAUGGUUGAGUGAGUUUUUAACGAGUGACGAAUAUUCUACAUCAACCUCUUCGUUUAAUGGUAGUGGUAGUGGUAGUGGUGCUGGCCUUAUUAACCAUAGUAGACCAAUGUCUGAAGUAAUGACUGUUGAAUAUGUUUUAACACCACCCGAGGAUAUUAUUAUGCCAGCAACAAUCAGAACACCAGCAUUAUGGGCAAUUGGAGACAACAGUAGUAGUACACAUGAUGCAUUUAAUAAUUUUGUAGCUACUAAUAACAAUAUGAAUAGAUCAAAUUAUCAAAGAAUUAAAAGAACAUAUGAUCCAAAUAAUAUUGCUAUUGGAGAGGAUAAUGGUGUCGGUGUCGGUAAUUCUGGUUAUACUGUAAUCAACUCACCGUUAAGUCAACAUGGUGAUGGAAGAAGAAACUCUCAACACUCUAGCAGCUACUGUUUGGGAGUUGGUCAAGUAAGUCGAAAAUUUAAAAGUUUAAAAGUACAUCCAUCCAAUGGGGGUGGAAGUGCUGGAAAUACUCAUGAAUACCCCCAAACAGUGCCAGAUUGUAGAGCUCCGAACGAAUUAAGAAAAUUACAAAUGUAG